AGCUCACAUCAUGCAAGUCUCACUGCACAACACCGUGAAGACGUACAACCUCACCGCCGGCAAGUCCCUGCCGGAAUGGCUGAGUGAGCGACGUAAAAACAAGAAGGCGGUGGCCGGUCAGGAAGGCCGCGUGGAGCUGCUGCACGACCUCGAGUUUCCGCACUGCGCGCGCUGCAUCUUCCGCUGCGCCAACGGCACCCACCUCUUCGCGGCGGGCGACUACCCCUACCGCCUGAAGUGCUUUGACGUGAACGACUUGAGUAUGAAGUUCAGCUUUAAUGCAGAUAUGAACAUCUUGUCCGGCGUGUGCCUCUCGCCGGACUACCGGAAAUUCGCGCUGCGCGGAGAAGGCCGGCAGAUUACCGUCCACCACACCUCGUCCAUUGUGGAUCGCGUGCGAGUGCCUCACCUCCAGCGCUCCCUCGCCUACAACCCUUUUCAAGCGGAGCUGCUGUCGAGCGGCGUGUCGGCGGAGAUCUACCGGGUGAACCUCGAAACAGGCGCCUUUGUGGAGAGCUACCACACGAGCAGCGACACGGGCGUCAACCACGUAGAGGUGUUUGGCCGGCACGGUCCCAUCAGCGGCGUCGUCCUCACGGCAGGCAGCGACGGUGCGAUUGAGGCGUGGGACAGUCGUGCCGGGACGGCCGUGGCGCGCGUGCAGGUCGCCGGCGGCAGCAGCAGUGGUGUGGAGGCGCGCUGCGAGGUACGUCACAUCGCGACGGAAGACAACGGUGGUCUGCUCUUCACCUGCGGCUUGGAGAGCGGCGAGGUGCUGCUCUACGAUGUGCGCCUGCAGAAGCCGCUGCUCGUGAAGGAUCACAUGAACAGCCUGCCCAUCGUGAAGACGUACUUCUUCAACGGCAAGAGCACCGCCACGGGCGAGGCCAGCUUCAUUCUCUCGGCCGACACGCGCUCGCUGAAGGUGUGGAAUAAGCACGACGGCAGCAACUUCACCACCAUCGACGCGCCGGCCGACAUCACCGACUUCACGCUCUUGAAGGGUCAGCACAAUAUGGUGCCGCCGUACGAGUGUGAUGACAGUGGUGUGGUGGCGAUUUGCUGCGACGUACCGCGGGUGCAAGUGCACUUCAUUCCACAGCUCGGCGCAGCUCCGCGCUGGGCCUCCUUCUUGGAGGUGAUGACGGAGGAGCUGGAGGAGAAGGAGUCAACGACGGUGUACGAUGACUACACGUUUAUUCCAAAAGAAGAAAUGGACGCCCUCGGGAUCGCGGCGGAGGACCUGGCGGGCGGCAAGGUGCGUCCGGUGAUGCACGGCGCCUUUAUCGAGAACGGCCUGUACCGCGAGCUGCACGCUGUGGUGGACCCGUCCGGGUUUAACAGCUACGUCGCGGCGAAGGCGAAGGAGCGGCAGUCGAAGCGGUGGUCAGACCGCAUUAGUCGCUUCCACCGACCCACCGCGGCGGAGGAGGAACUGGAGGACGACGCGGCGGUGGUGGCGCCCUCGGCACUGGCCGCGGCGAAGGCGGACCCCCGGUUUGCGCGCGCCUUCGACGCAACGACGGGACGUGCGGCCGCGUCUUUUGCCCUCGACCGGCGCAACCCCGAGUACGCGAAGCUGCUGCAGACCAUCGAUGAGCGCCGUGCGAAGGCGUCGGCGCGGCGGGAGCGGUAUGAGUCGGACAUGUUUGCCGUGGUGCCCGACACGGAUGGCGCGGAAGAUGGCGAUCAGCAGCAGAGGGGAGAUAAUAAGCCCUCAACGGCCGGUGCCAGCCGCGACGAGGAUGAUGCGGAUGAAGAUGCGCGUCAUCACCUGCGCGGGGUGCAGAGCAGUGGCAAGUUUAAGCGCCGCACACCGCAACAGCAGCAGCAGCAGCACGCCAAGUCAUCCGAGCGGGACGGCGGCAAAUCGGUUGCCACGCAUGGCGGUUCGGGCAAGCAGGUGACAAUGUUUGAGGUUGCGGAGAAGAACGCGGAAAUCUUUAUGCGCAACGAUAAGCAGGUGCACGCCACCCGUAAAAGGUCGCGUGCGGAGAAACUGUCCUUGGGGGAUCGCUUGAAGCGAGCGGCGGCCUCUCCGUAA